AACAUCAUGUGGCUCCAGCUACAGCCAACCAGGAGACAUCCUCCAACAGUACUUAAUAAAUCAAUGUUGCGCCCAUCACCAACUCCCAGAGUCUCGAAGGGCAGCGGGACUGGCUUGGAUUUCCAAACCCAGCUCAGAUCUGUUAUAUGAACUCCGGCCUGCAGAGCCUGCUCACACUGACGGACUACAUCAAAGACGUCAGCAGCCAAGAGGUGGUGUGGUGUUCAUUGCGUGAGGCUAAACUGAUCAGAAAACUUAUAGACAUCUUGAGGUGCCACAGAUCCGUCGACUCCAGCCUCAAACUCAAAGCACUCUAUUGGUCCAAGAGGGCGGUGUCUAAACAGGCUCCUGAGUUCAGGGAUCACCACCAGAAAGAUGCUCAUGAAUUCCUUACAACCAUCCUGGAUCAAAUCAGGAAUUUGUCCCACCUACUGCAGGGAGUAGCUGCCUGUGAGGACAAAAGCUACACAUGCCCUGUUGAGGACCACCUGGUCUUUAGGAUGCAGAACACCAGGACCUGUAAAAGUUGUGGUGCCCAGUCUACCAGACAGGAAGACUUCAGCAACCUGUCUCUGAAUCUUGCACCUGGAGGUUCAGUCCAGCAGAUGCUCCAGGAUUACCUAAUGGAGACGGCGCUGGACUUCCAUUGUGAAUGCGGGGGCAACAAAUCUGGCCAGCAGUCCACCUUUGCCACCCUGUCCAAAGUCUUGAUGCUGCAUCUGAAGCGUUUUCACUUUACUCCGUUUCUGCAGCUGGAGAAGCUGAGUGACCCCGUUGACCUUUACAGGGAGCUGUUGGUGACCUCCGCCCAGGCUGACGGUUGGUACAGUCUGGCGAGCGUCAUCAGUCAUCUAGGCUCUGGAGGGAAUGAAGGACACUAUGUAAGUGACGGGGUGCACCCAGACACGCAGCUGGACGACCCUGCUGACCUCUGGCUCACCUAUAAUGACGCAAUGGUCACAGAGACAACCGGGGCCUCCGUCUGCAAAAACGGCAGCGAACGGCCGACGUGUUCUACCAAAGACGGGUAAGAGGACAAGACUGUCAACCAGACUCUGAUGUUGUUUAAAUAUAAUCCACAAACACAUAUUGUUACAUCCACCAGCUCUGUGCUGACUGAGUAUUUUGUGUCUCCAGUAUUUUGGGACUUUGUGUCACAGGCUCCAGAAGAUGACCCAGCUGCAGGCCAAUAGUCAAAAAUAAUUGUCCUAUAUUCAUUCACCACUGUUCUCCUUCACAGUUGUCCUUGACCUCAUCAAACAACAUUAGGUCAAGGACAACUGUGAAGGAGAAUUCAUAAGGACUUAGGAAAAGGCAACCACCGGGCUAGGAGAAUCUGACAGAACUUAAACUAGGCGAUGCAACUGGAAUAAACCGACAAUGUUCAGAAAAUGGAACGAGUUAAACGCGUCUUAGAUAUAUCGCCCUGUGUGUUCUUACCAUAUUUCUAUAUGCAGGCUAAAUAAACAGGGACAACCUGCUGAAAUCUGGUACUUGAAAUUAAAUACAAUAUACAAGCUACAGUUACAAAAGUCUGUCCAAAUUACACCAAAUUUGUCACAUUAGGAAUGGCUGCUCACACUUUUACUAUGACUAUAGAAUAAUUGUUACAAUUCUGCAAAAUAGGCUAAAAACAUCGUGUUUUCGUGAACGACCGUAUGGUGCGUCGCUUUAAAAGUUGCUGCAAUUAUUAAUUGGACCAUAUUUUUUAAUACUUAAUAAUAUUUAAUACUAAAACUACUACUACUGUAGCAUACCCUCCGAAAGAUGGUGGACCCGACUGAUAGUUUUCACAAUGUUUAUUUCCAUACAAGUUCCUUAUGAAGUCCGUAUAUCAAAGUGAAACCAACGUGAGAACUGUAGUACAGAAAAUAAAGAAAAUACAGUUACAUUCCGUUCUCAUUACUGUAUACACAAAGCAAUACACAACAACAGCAGGUACGCAAAGGUAACUUAGCAUAGCUUUCCAACACAAAAUAAAUAUGACCAUAAACACUAAACACUCUACCUUGGGCCUCCUCGGGGGGUUGCUAUUACAGCCUUCGCCGUUUUAUUCUUGUGUUACCAUCACGGCUUUAUUUUCCUUUUGUUACCUUUAUUUACUUAAGCCUUUACUGCCUUUACUGUCAGCUCGUACCGUUGCAAUUUCUUGGUUUUACCGUAAGACACAAUACCGCCAGGAAGUAAGAAGAGAUUUAGCGAUCCUUCAAAACAAAAGCUCUUUACAAAACAAAAGCUCAUUUCUAACAUUAGCUCAAAAAUGAACAAUAGGCACAUAAAAAACAGAUGAAUUACAUUUUUACCAUAAACUUAAAUCAUGAAUAAUAUUUUUGUACCCAAAUCAUGUUAGAAUGUAUUUUAAACACAUUUUUUAAGGACUUUUUAGCUUUUUUAACCCAUAAAACAAACACAAGCUGCCCUCUGGUGGACAAAACGAGAAACAGCAUUUCACAAACCAAAAAGUGGUUAGUUACAACUACUAAUACUAAAAUAAUGUAUUCAUUUAUUUGCUCCUGCAACACUAUUCUAUCCUCUUUCACUGCUAAAAUUCACAACAUCCACCAGCAACUUGCUCCCAGUGCCUCUUACAGUUCAUCUCCUCUAUUUCCAUCUGUGCCCCCCUCCCAGUCUCUCUCAGCAUCUACCCUGCCCCCAGUUUCUGUAAUUACUGAUAUCAAAAGUCAUCAACCUGCCGUCUAGACCGUCUUCCAACUGCUCUUGUCAAAGCCACCGUUCCCUCUCUGGCCCCCCUCAUCACACGCAUAAUCCACACCUCUCUCACUACCGGAACUGUCCCAUUGCCCCUCAAAACAGCUGCUGUCACCCCAAUACUAAAGAAACCUGGUGCAGAUCCCAAUGACCCUAACAACCCCCGUCUCCAAUCUCCAAUUUCUCUCAAAGAUUCUGGAAAAAACUGUUGCCACUCAACUCCAUUCCCACCUUUCCCGCACACACUUCAUCCAACUCAAAUCAUUCACAUCACAACCACUCCCAGUCACCACAUGGGGUACCCCAAGGCUCUGUCCUGGGGCCCCUCUUAUUCAUCAUCUACCUACUCUCCCCCUUGGUUACAUUUUCCGGAAACAUCACAUCAACUUCCACUGCUACGCGGAUGACACCCAGCUUCACAUUUCCACUGAACUUCAGUCAUCCUUCCCUCCCUCCUUCCUCACUGACUGCCUCCUCGAAAUACAGUCCUGGUUUUCAUCCAACUUCCUGAAACUGAACAGUAACAAAACAGAAAUUCUACUCAUUGGCACAAAAAUCACCCUAUCAAAAUCUCCCAGUUUCACAAUAUCCAUAGACAAUUCCAACAUCUCUCCAUCCCCCCAGGUAAAGAGUCUGGGUGUCAUCCUCGACAGCACACUCUCAUACACCUCACACAUCAGCCACAUAACCCGCUCAGCCUACCUCCAUCUCCGCAACAUCAACUGCCUCCGCCCCUCUCUUACACCCCACACAGUCUCGUCACUUCCCCACUUGACUACUGCAACUCUCUCCUGUUUGGACUUCCGCAAAAAACUCUUCACAAACUACAACUGGUACAGAACUCAGCAGCCCGCAUCAUCACAAGGACACCAUCCAGUCACCACAUCACACCAAUCCUCCAGCAGCUCCACUGGCUCCCAAUCACACACCGCAUCCAGUACAAGACUUUACUGCUCACCUUCAAGGCCAUUCACAACCUCGCCCCUCAAUACCUCUCUGACCUCCUCCACACUGCCACACCUGCCCGCCCACUCAGAUCAUCUUCCUCCACCCACCCCUCCGUCCCCCCUGCCCGCCUGGUUACCAUGGGGAGCAGAGCUUUCAGUCGCUCUGAUCCCUUGCUCUGGAAUUCCCUUCCCCCUUCCCUUCGUAACAUUACAGUCAGUUACAAUCAGUUCAAAUCACAACUCAAGACAUACCUGUUCAGACUUGCUCACUCCAUCUGAUCCUCCGCACCAACCUGCCUCCUUUAUUGUAAUGUAAUUGUAAAUGUUUUCUAUGAUAUUUGAAUAUAUCUGAUUGUAUUUUGUCUAAUGUAUUUCUAUUCUUAUUUUCAUCUUUAUUUAACAAAUUGUAUGAUGUUCUGCUUUGUUUUAUCCAUGCUGUGAGGCGACCUUGAGUUCCUUGAAAGGCGCCCUAUCAAAUAAAAUGCAUUAUUAUUA